UUGGGGCAAAGGGAAAGGCACAGGACCAGAAUGGGGAGCGAGAACAUCUUACCGGAGCUUAUGGCGGAGAAGGACACGCUGGACCCGACUUUUCAGCACUCCCUGCGGCUACUGGACCAAGAAAUCGAAAAAAUCCAGAAAGAUGAGGGGAAGGAGGAGGAGAAGGAGAGGUUCAUCGACGUCGUCAUCAACAAGAACAUGAAACUGGGACAGAAAGUUUUAAUACCCGUCAAACAGUUUCCUAAAUUUAACUUUGUGGGCAAACUCCUGGGGCCACGUGGGAACUCGUUAAAAAGACUACAGGAGGACACCCUCACCAAGAUGUCAAUUCUCGGCAAAGGAUCCAUGAGAGACAAGGAAAAGGAAGAAGAACUACGGCAAAGCGGAGAGGCCAAAUACCAACAUCUAAACCAAGACCUGCAUGUCCUCAUCGAAGUGUUCGCCCCGCCCGCUGAAGCCUAUGCCAGAAUGGGUCAUGCCCUGGAAGAGAUCAAGAAAUUCCUUAUACCAGACUACAAUGAUGAGAUCAGACAAGCCCAGCUGCAAGAACUCACAUACCUGAAUGGAGGCUCGGAAGAUGCCAAGGUGCCGGCGGUGAGGGGCAAAUCAGUCGCCCGUGCGAGAGGGACACCUGUUCCGGGCCCCCCCAGAAGUCGAGGAGGUGUCCCACCCCUGCAUGCUGCCGUGCCCAGAGGAGCAGCACCCAGAGGAGCCGUCUCCAGGGGGGCCAGAGGGGUGCAGAGAGCCAGAGGUGCCCCCCCAGCCGCUGGAUACAGGCCAGCCCCUCCUGUAGUACAGGACACGUAUGGAGAAUAUGAAUAUGAUGACGGCUAUGGGACAUCGUACGACGAACAAGGAUAUGAAUCAUACGACAACAACUACAGUAAUCAAGGACAGAACUCUGAAGACUACUAUGAGUACGGCCACAGCGGGGAGUCGUAUGAGUCAUAUGGUCAGGAAGAGUGGGCAAACAGUCGCGGCAAGGCACCAUCGGCACGCAGCAACAAGGGAGCGUUCAGAGAGCAGCCCUACUCCAGAUAUUGAACUGUUUAUACCAACGGCACCAGGCCAACCCAAGUAAAGGAUUUUUUAUGGACGCUCUCACCUUUUUACAAGUGAACAGAUAAACCACACAGAAAUAUCCAAACAUGAAAUGAUGGGACUGUGGAAGAGUCAAAAGUGGUUUUCCAAAACGGCCUCCCCAGAUGUUAACCCAUGGUCCCACUGGG